UAUCAGUCAGCCUUAUAUAAACUCAAGCAGACCGCUGUUCCUCGCUGUCUCUUCGACCGGAAGUUGUUCGCUUAUUCGUUUACCUAGUAUUUUCUAGCGAAAGCAGCAUUUUGCAGUCAUGACUGGAAGGAAGUUUUUCGUCGGUGGCAACUGGAAAAUGAACGGCGAUAAAAAGAGCAUUGAAGAGCUCGCCAAUACAUUGAAUAACGCCAAACUCAACCCAGACACUGAGGUUGUGUGUGGCGCUCCACCCAUCUAUCUCGACUAUGCCAGGUCCAAGCUGAAUCCUAACAUUGAUGUUGCUGCACAGAACUGCUACAAGGUUGCAAAGGGAGCCUUCACUGGAGAGAUCAGCCCUGCGAUGAUUAAGGACUGUGGGGUAAAAUGGGUUAUUCUGGGACACUCUGAGAGACGCCAUGUGUUUGGAGAGAGUGAUGAGCUGAUUGGGCAGAAGGUCGCUCAUGCUCUUGAGAACGGUUUGGGCGUGAUCGCCUGCAUCGGUGAGAAGCUGGAUGAGAGGGAGGCCGGAAUCACGGAGAAGGUUGUUUUUUCACAGACCAAGUUCAUUGCAGAUAACGUGAAGGACUGGAGCAAAGUGGUCCUUGCUUAUGAGCCUGUGUGGGCCAUCGGCACUGGAAAAACUGCAUCCCCCCAGCAGGCUCAGGAGGUGCAUGACAAGCUCAGGCAGUGGAUGAAGGCCAAUGUCUCCGAGGCUGUCGCCAACUCCGUCAGGAUCAUUUAUGGAGGAUCUGUCACUGGAGGGACCUGCAAGGAACUUGCUUCUCAGAAAGAUGUGGACGGCUUCCUGGUGGGCGGCGCUUCCUUGAAACCAGAGUUUAUCGACAUUAUUAAUGCAAAGGCAUAAAGAGAUUAAGCCAUCAUCUACCUAAACUCUAAGGCUUAGGUCUGCUCCCAAAUCCUGCUCUUCUUUAGAAAGUGUUAUUGUGGUUUUGUUGCGGUUUCAUUUUUUUGUAUUAUUAUAAAGGGACAGAUAGACACAUACUGAACACUCAAGGGUUUUAUUCCACAGAAACCCACGCAGCCGAGUGUGUUACUAGCCCUCCUACUAGUGUAGUGAACUACAGGACUGUAAUGAGAACUAUCAUGGGGCUUAGAGCCCACGCCUUUACUUGAAAAAUGUUUACCAACAUUCUUGUGUACACCGUGUCAAAAUUCUAGGACAAAGUCAAUCAACCUCGGAGUCUUUAUAAUUCAAGUGAAACUACUUUCCAUUAAUGUGGUUGUCCUGAUGUUUUCCUGUCCCUCAAAGAGUUUCUCUGAGUGGCCUUUCCCAAAGGUGCUCAUAUGUAAUAACCAAUGUCAUUUGUUAUAAAGGAUAAGACCGAAAUAUUCUAAUAAAUGUUUCAGAAGUGUAGACCUUA